CCCCGUCCCAUUCCCCAGUCCCGCUCCGGUUCAGUCGGGUAUCCUCCACUCCAGUCAGCUCGGAUCCGGUCGGUCGGACUCUUCUUCCUUCCGCGGCGCCUAAUCCGGAUUAACUCCCUUCCUUCAACGCCUAAUCCGGAUUAACUCCCCUCCCGCAGCGCCUAAUCCGGAUUAAAUCCCCUCGCACUUCAUCUGGACAUGGGUGCGAUGCGCGUGCUCCUGUCCCUCUCCAUCUCCCUUCUGCUCGCGGACGGACAGCCGGCAGAUGUGCAAGUGAUUGACGUGUUGGGUCUGCAAGACGCCAAGCAGAACCUGGUUGCCGUGGAGACGGUGGCGAGCACCAUGAGCGCGCUGAGCGACGUGUACGUGGCGUCCACGCUGCGCCUGCCGCCCAAGCUGGGGGGGGUCCUGCUGGGGCUGUACGGCAAGCAGGACAACAGGAAGUACCUGGAGGUCGCCGUCAUGGGCAAGAUCAACAAGGUGCUGGUGCGGUACGUGCGCGCCGACGGGAAGGUCCACACGGUGAACCUGCAGAACGCCAUCCUGGCAGACGGCCGGACCCACUCCGUCAUCCUGCGCGUGGGCGGGCUGCGUCGCACGCACCUGAGCCUGGAGCUGUACGUCGACUGCAGAUUGGCCGACUCCAGCCAGGGCCAGCCGCCAUUGGUCCCGCUGCCGAAGGAGGCGGAGCUAGUGGAGAUCCGACAUGGCUUGAAGGCGUACGCACGAGUUCAGGGGGCGGUGGAGUCCCUGAAGGUGGCCCUAGGGGGCAGUGUGGCCACGGCCGGGGCCCUGGCAGACUGCCCCUUCCAAGGGGACUCGGCUCACAACACAGUCAGCGGGGAGGUGAACUCCAUCCUGGGUGACCAUACGAAGGCCCUGAUUGGUCAACUCAUCAUCUUCAACCAGAUCCUGGGAGAGCUACGACUAGACAUCAGAGAACAGGUAAAGGAGAUGUCUCUCAUCCGUAACUCUAUCCUAGAGUGCCAGGUGUGUGGCUUCCAGGAGCCGCGGUCGCGCUGCUCCCCCAGCCCCUGCUAUAGGGGCGUGUCCUGCGUGGAGGCCUUCGAGUACCCGGGGUACCGCUGUGGCUCCUGCCCCCCCGGGACCACCGGCAACGGGACCCACUGCAAGGACGAGGACGAGUGCGGGACGUGGCCCUGCUUCUCCGCCAGCCUCUGCCGCAACACCGUGGGGGGCUUCAGCUGCGGGCCGUGUCCCGCGGGCUUCUGGGGGCCCCUGCUGUCGGGGUCCGGCCUAGAGUACGCCAAGAGCCACAAGCAGGAGUGUACUGAUAUCGAUGAGUGUUUUGACCUGGCCAACGCCUGCGUGCCAAACUCCAUCUGCAAGAACACGGUGGGCUCCUUUAAGUGUGGCAGCUGUAAACCCGGUUACCUUGGUAACCAGACCCAUGGCUGCGUUCCUAAGAGGUCGUGUGCGGGCCUGACCUUUAACCCCUGUGAUGCCAACGCCCACUGCAUCCUGGAGCGGAAUGGGGAGGUGGCGUGUGCGUGUAACGUUGGCUGGGCCGGUAACGGUAACACCUGUGGUACGGACACGGACAUCGACGGCUACCCCGACCGGUCGCUGCCCUGCAUGGACAACGACAAGCACUGCCGGCAGGACAACUGUGUGAAAACGCCCAACUCAGGACAAGAGGACGCAGACGGAGACGGGAUAGGAGACCAGUGUGACGAGGACGCGGACGGAGACGGCAUCAAGAACGUAGAGGAUAACUGCCGUCUGGUUCCUAACCGGGACCAGCAGAACUCGGACACGGACUCGUUUGGAGACGCCUGUGACAACUGCCCCAACGUCCCCAACAUGGACCAGAGAGACACCGACGCCAACGGGAAGGGCGACGCCUGCGACAACGACAUUGACGGGGACGGUAUCCCCAACGUUCUGGAUAACUGUCCCCGGGUCCCAAACCCGAUGCAGACGGACCGCGACCGGGACGGGGUCGGGGACGCCUGCGACAGCUGCCCCGAGCUCAGCAACCCCACACAGACGGAUGAAGACAACGACCUGGUUGGAGACGUGUGUGACACCAACCAGGACACGGACGGAGACGGCCUCCAGGACACCCGAGACAACUGUCCAGACAUGCCCAACAGCUCCCAGCUCGACUCGGACAACGACGGCCUCGGCGACGACUGUGACCAUGACGACGACAACGACGGGGUCGCCGACGACAACGACAACUGCCGACUCAUCGUCAACCCCAACCAGAAGGACUCCGACACUGACGGUGUGGGGGACGUGUGUGAGAGGGACUUCGACAACGACUCAGUCCUGGAUCUGUACGACGCCUGCCCCGAGAGUGCGGAGGUCACGCUGACCGACUUCAGGGCCUAUCAGACGGUCAUCCUGGACCCCGAGGGCGACGCCCAGAUUGACCCCAACUGGGUGGUGCUCAACCAGGGAAUGGAGAUCGUUCAGACCAUGAACAGCGACCCUGGCCUGGCUGUCGGCUACACAGCGUUCAACGGCGUGGACUUCGAGGGGACCUUCCACGUCAACACGGCCACGGACGACGACUACGCCGGCUUCAUCUUCGGCUACCAGGACUCCUCCUCCUUCUACGUGGUGAUGUGGAAGCAGAGUGAGCAGACCUACUGGCAGAGCACGCCCUUCAAGGCCAACGCCCUGCCCGCCCUGCAGCUCAAGGCGGUGAAGUCGAGCACGGGUCCAGGGGAGUACCUGAGGAACGCCCUGUGGCACACGGGGGACACCGCCGGUGAGGUCACCCUGCUGUGGAAGGACCCCCGCAACCUGGGGUGGCAGGACAAGACCUCCUACCGCUGGCAGCUCAGCCACCGGCCCCAGGUGGGCUACAUACGGGUGAGGCUCUAUGAGGGCGCCCAGAUGGUGGCGGACUCCGGCGUGGUGAUGGACACCUCCAUGAGAGGGGGGCGGCUGGGGGUCUUCUGCUUCUCCCAGGAGAACAUCAUCUGGUCCAACCUCCGCUACCGCUGCAACGAUACGGUCCCAGAGGACUUCCAGAGUCGCAGGAAAAAGGUUCUCAUGCACAUCAAGGUGUAACUGAGGACCUGGGAUGCGACACGCGGACACGCGGACACACACACACACACACACACCACACACACACACACACACACACACACACACACACACACACACACACAAAUAGCAUGAAUAAAUGUGUACACAUAAAAAAUGCAAGCAACUGUGUGUGUGUGUGUGUGUAUGCCCAAGUGUGUAUGUUUGUGCGUGUAUGUGCCUGCAUGUGUGUGUGUAUUUGUGUGUGUAUAUCUGUGUGUGUAUUUGUAUGUGUGUACGUGUGUGUGAGAGUGUGUGUGUUUGUGUGUGUGUGUGUGUGUGUGUGUGUGUGUGUGUGUGUGUGUGUGUGUGUGUGUGUGUGUGUGUGUGUGUGUGUGUGUGUGUGUGUGUAUGUGUGUGUGAUGUAUACCUUUACAUGUCAGUCCUAAACGCAAUCUAAGUAGCACAUCCCAAGCUAAUCUUCAGCUAACAGCUAACCGAUAAGCUUAACGAUUCAUAGAUCAAGUCGAAGUAGUUAUGGUAUCUGAUUUGUCAACAAUGCAAGUUGGUGGAAGACAUAGUUGUAUUUGUAUUUGUGUACAGCAGAACGCACGGCCUGUGUUUCACCUCGAAGGUUAUGAUGAUUCGACUUGUUUGUGUUCUCAGUUGAAAUGAUCCUGUUGGAAUAAAAUACCUUGUUGAUCAC